AUGGAUAAAUUUCUCAAAAGAUCGCAGCCUUCAACAUCUGGUGCGAGUAUCAAUAGCGGUGGUGAUGAAUCGAAUCCGAAAAAAAAUAGACAUUACGAUGACAGUUAUUUGAAAUACGGGUUCACAGUCAUAAAUAAUAAACCUCAAUGUGUAAUUUGCGGCGAUGUUUUAUCACGUGAGAGUAUGAAACCGUCAAAGCUUAUGCGGCAUCUCACAACCAAGCAUCAAAAAGAAGCUGAUAAGCCGUUGGAUUUCUUUGAACGAAAGUUGAAAGCUCUUAGACAGCAGCAAAAUACUAUAAAUCAGACAUCCAGUGUCAACGGGUCAACAUUAUUAGCUAGCUACAAAGUCGCAUAUCGAGUUGCUAAAGCAGGGAAACCACAUACAAUUGCCGAAAAUCUUAUUUUGCCAGCGGCACUCGAUAUGGUUGAAAUUAUGGUCAGUAAGCAGGAGGCAAACAAAUUAAGAAAAAUACCACUUUCUGACAAUACUAUUUCACGCAGAAUAAACGAUAUGGCCAAGGAUAUUCAAGAACAAGUAGUCGAAAAAUUAAAGAAUAGCCAACAUUUUGCUUUGCAGUUCGAUGAAUCUACAGAUGUUUCCGACUGUGCACAGUUUGUAGUAUUUGUGCGCUUUGAAGCAGAUGACAGUAUUACGGAAGAAAUCUUAUUUUGCAAAGCACUUCCUGCAAACACUACUGGCCAGUGUUUGUACGAUAUGUUUUUAGAAAGCACUUGCGACUACGAUAUUGAUUGGAAAAAAUGUAUCGCUAUUUGUAGCGAUGGCGCUAAAGCUAUGACUGGCAAAAUUAGCGGACUUAUUGCAAAAUUAAAAUCGAUAAUACCAAACAUAUCCUGGACACACUGUUUUCUUCAUCGACAGGCUCUAGCUGCUAAGGUAAAGCUUUGCAAUCUCGGCUAUUCAGAAUCGUUUGUGAAGAUAUGGGAUCGCUUCAUCAAAAUCUCCUUUAUCAUACCGAGGUCAGGUGGCUAUUCAAAGGAAAGGGGUCGCGACCCACAGAUUGAAAAACACUGCGCUAAACCUAAUCUACUCUCAACACAAAACUCUCCCACGGAACCACCGGCUUCGCUAACAGCUUUCCAUUUAUCGGAUUACUGA